AUGCUACGGAUUCAAUUCGAAAUCUUGAACUCAAACAUAAAAAAAUAUAUGUUCAUAAAUUUAGCCAUAUGUUUAGUAUUGACGUAUUUCGAGUUAAUAAAUUCAAUUAACUACAUUACAACCUUCAUUGUUGUCGGAGCUUUACUCAAGGGAAACACCAUUCGUGCUAUGCCUUAUGCACUGAUUUUAACGGCAAUUGGAUAUAUGUUUGAUAGUUUUUAUAUUUUUUUCGGCACUACUAAUUAUGUUAGUUCGAGUUGUGUCAAAUUCUUCCAUUGUAUAAUGCAUAUUUUCUCUAUCCUGUACAUGCUUCUCUACAUACUGAUGUUAUAUUGUUAUUGGCUGCAUUGUAUGACUGUGGCGCAGAAAAAACAAAUAAGACUACAAUUGGGCUUAUAUGACGUGGAUACGAGAUAG